AUGAGCGAAUACUCCAAGACCGUUAUAACCUCAGCCACUGCAUUGCUCUCGGAGCUAUCGCAGCGUGUGACUAACGUCCAUGCGCUUGUAAAGCAGCACACCAGUGAACGCUGUCCCUCCCAGUUACGCACCAAGUUUGCGCAGUCACUUCUAGCCGCCCCCUCGGCCGUGGGUUCUAAUGGCGACGUGCAUGCACUCGUGGCUGUUGUAGGAGACGAAGUUGCACAACUGAUGAGUGCUAUUCAGUUACUGCAAGUGUGGAUUCAUUUGCAGGUACCAAAGGUCGAAGAUGGCAAUAAUUUUGGUGUCGAGGUGCAGAAAUACGCCUAUAUGCACCUGAAAGAGGCUCUUGAAAAGUGGCAAAAGACGUGGGACUCGUUGGCUGAGUAUAGUUCAGCCAGAGCUACGGCCGUUGAGAAAGUGAAUGCUAAGGUGAGCUCUGAGACUAGCACUACCACUACUAUCACCUCUACAAAGGGUGGCAAGGAUGGCGACGAAGACAAGAGUGUUACGGCCAAGGUAGAAAAACAGAGCAACACUGGCAACCAGGCAGUUGAAGACGCCAUUGCUGCCGUCGUGGAGCUUGACAUCAAGUGGUAUUUUAAUUUGGUACGUGCGUUAGAAGGCGUGCGUGACCAAUACGCAGUGACGGAGGAUGUCAUUACAAAGAACAAAGAGAAGAUUGAGCUGCCACGUGGCAGGAACGACCGCGCAGGGUUUAACAUGUUUUAA